GAUAUUGAUACCAAAGGAAUAAAUUGAUACCGUUUUCCAUUUCUCAUCCCAGUGUGCGAUCAGAAAUAGGGAUGUUCAUUCCAAUAGUAUUUUUCUUAUUUUUGUUGGGGUAUGAUUAUGCUGAAGGUUCGCAGUGUCCAGUACGGAUGCGAUGCGCGCUGCGUCUAACUUACGGAGGAUCUGGUGGAUCUUUACUGGCAGUCCACAGCACCGAAUCAAAAAUAUCAGUAAUUGUCGACUCCGAAAAUGAUAUGUCACUCCUAACAGACGGCCAUUCAGGCUUUCAAUUUAUUUACAAACAUCGAGAAAACAAGGGGAUACAGAUCAAAAUGCUCCCAGGGCACUCUUGGAGUGCCCAAAGUAACAUGCUGCAGUAUAUUGAAUCUCUAAGGAGCCUGACUCACAUCAGAAUAACGCAGCAGGUGAAAAUUCAAGAAUUUAUCAUCAACUCCCCGCCGGACAAUAUAAUAGACGCCCAUAUCAAUAUUAUCAAGAUUUUGCAACCAGAAAUGUUCGAUUAUGUUAAAAUCAGAAAAAUUGGAGGUUUCUCGAUUCUGAUCAAUUUAAUCAAAGAAAUGAGCAAACUGAAGAGAGAAGUACUUCGCGAGAUCAUCGACUCAAAAAUGAAAAUGAAAACCUUCGUCAUUGCUGGAGGGUUCAUGAACGUUGUCUCUACAUUCCGUGGUAUAAGUGUUCUCAUCAAGGAAACAUCUGGACAGAUGGGGAGGAUUAUCAUAAGAAAUCCUAAUUUCGACCUGGGACCUCUAUUCAUAUCUGAUAGCGGAAGCGAAUCUCUUGCCAUCAUUGUUGAACAAAUCAAUGAACCAAAUUCGCCGGUUUUCCAAAUCGUCAAGAAUCCCCCUACGGUCUACAAAAUUGUCAGAGAAUUCGGCGGUGGUAUAUACAGUGGUACGAGAGGAAUUGAGACACUUGUAUAUCAUUUGAUAUUCUUCUUGAAUAAACAGAUUACGAUGGAAGCCUUCAUCGAUGUGGUGAUACAAGUAACUGCUUCGUUCAAACAAAUAAAUUACGAAACAAUCAUCCAUAAGAUUGAUUACAUAGAAAGGAUUCUGAAGAAAAAAAUGGCACCUGCGUUUUCAUACGAAAUAUUGCAUAAAUUUGAAAUAUUCAAACAAAACAAACUAGUGAUAGAGCAAGUCAAUAUUCCUUAUAUCGUAAAGCUAUUCUUGAAGGGAGGAGAACCAAAGAUCAAGUCCGCCAUAAACUUGUUGUUUGCUUUGAGAACUGACUACUUGAACAGUUUAACAACACUUCUCCUCAGAUUAACAUUCUUCACCCUUACUGAACAGGGUGUAUAUUUCUCUGUUGGACUAUUCCCGAAACUAAAAACAUUGAUUAAUUUCAAUUCCAAAGAAAGUAUUAUUGUACAAAUAGUUCGUAAUAUAAACCCUGCUAUUCUACAGGGCGGAAUAGACUUGACUACAAUUCGCAGAAUUCCUAUAAUUGGACAAAUAUACACCGGAAUCAUAGGUAGUAUGACAGUACAUAAGGAACAAAGAGAUGUAUGGAUGAAAAUGUUGGUGAAACAGGAAGCUUUCACCCAAAUAUUCUCCUGGAUUAAAUUUGGUGCCGGAAUUCAAGGAGGACAAGAACCACGAGGCUGCAUCCACGAUAUGGGCCUCUGGGCUUUGGCUAGUACCAGUGGAUGUGUAUUUUAUGAUUAACUUUGACGUUAUUGUCAGAUUGUCGAUUUAGAAUUGAUCACUGUUUUUAUUUUUUGGAAAAAUUAAAUGUUUUCCUUGACUAA